UUUAUUAUCGUUUUCAUCGCAUAUUCAAUGUAUUCAUAAUUAUAUUUAUCAUCAUUCAUUUAUGUCAUAAUGCCGAACCGCCAAAACUUUUUGCAAAGUAUUUGGGAAAAAGUGAGCGACGAGUCAUCAAAUUGGGAACCAAUGUAUCGCUUCAAUGUCCAGUCGAUAUGUCUGAAAACGACGAUAUUUACAUCGAUUGGUAUAAAAAUGGAAAUCAGAUCCAAAGCUAUGAUAAAAGAGUGCGAAUCACAAACUCUGGAAUUCUUAAGAUUAAGAAUUCGGUGACAGAAGACACGGGAAACUUCCUUUGCACUGCCGUAAAUGGUUUCGGAAGCGUCAAGUUUUUAUUCACAAUUACUGUAUUAGAUGAGAACUACAGUGAUAUCGCAUUAAAUGAAUAUUUGACGAGAAGUUCAUCAGAUUUAGAUCACUCAAAGACAACUGAAUUUUCAGAUAAAUCUCAUCAAUUAUCCAAUACAUUCAAAGAGGUGCCAAAAGUUAUAAUAAGUAAAACUGGAAGUGAUUUAAAAUUGAAAUGUAUUACUAAUGGGAGUCCAAAGUUAUUGUCUGUUAAAUGGUUUAAUAAUAACAAUGAAAUGACAGCACACGGAGACAACUCUUUGAUUAUGAAAAACUUAAAUUCUGAAGACAGCGCUAACUAUACGUGUCAGACAACCAAUCAAUUUGGUGUAACCAUUACUAACAGAUUUAUUCUCAAAGUUAUUGAUCAACCAAUUGAUAAGCCUUACAUUGAAGGUAACGAUCCACGAAAUACUAGUGCACCCAUUGGUGCUGACGUAACGUUGGUCUGCUCUGUCCGAUCCGAUGCGGCGCCAAAUAUUGAAUGGCUUAAAAGUAUGAACUCAAUCAGUGAUUUUGGUGAAGAAAAUUUUCAAUACACUAAUUUCAAAGGAGAAGAUUAUCGGAUGCUUACCAAUGAAGUCGUACAGACAUCAGAUAAUUCAUACAUCAGUAACUUAAUUAUCACUAAAGUUAAUGAAUUAGAUGCUGGAAAAUAUGUGUGCCUGGCUGGCAAUGAACAGGGUUCUAAUUAUCGAAAUGCUUUUGUAACUGUAUAUUAUCCAGUACAAGUAAAUCAAGUGAAUGGUAUGAUGAAGGAAGAGACAGCACUUCCUGUGCCAAUUGUGGUGGCAUUUGUGUCUGUUUUUGUUAUUAUUUUGUUAGCAUUAGUGGUUUGGAUGUCCACGUGUUUGUGCCAACAGACAGACAGACCAACACAAGUACCGGAAUCGGUGUACGAUAUGCCGGCCAAACAUUCACGUUAUAUAUCAUCAAAUGCGAGCUUAUCCUAUAAUCAAAUGGUUGUCAACAAUAACAGGAGUUGUAUGCCGUCCAGUGAGUUGAGAGCCUCAUCCCCUCUGUAUACAGAAAUCCAGAGCACAACUCCAGAGAAACCCCUUACAAAUGUUUACCAAAUGUAUACAAAUCUUAAGGAUGUGAAGACACAUAACAAACCUUAUGGUUAUUUAUGUUGAGUCUCGAGUCUCACGUCUUUGUUGUUAAUCACCAAUAAGU